AUGGGAGCAGUUUGAUAAGAAUUACUUGAGUAAGCUGCUGCUGAGGAAGUCUGUGUACAGGAAGAGUGAACUGUGGGAAGCGUAUCAGAAGAUCAACAUCAGGGACGCCAUCAGUGUCAUCGACCAGGGUGGGAACGUCCUGACCUCAGCCAGACUGUCUCUGCCCUCGAUGACCAGUAGAGCGUCGUUCCCCGAAGUCACCAAUGUCACCAACUACCUGCGUGAGAACGGCAGCGGUGUGUGUCUGGACCUCCAGGUAAUUGAUAACGUCCCUGGAGCCAAAGUGGAGGAAGACACUGAGACGCAUCAUGUCCUCGCAGGAAACCUGUACAAGCCCAGGAGACGGUAUCAGCCCCACUACAGCCGUCACUUCAUGCCUCUGGGGGAGAAGGAGCGUCAGGAUCGCGAGGUGUUUCAGAGGAACAUGAAGAGCCGAAUGGAGACGUUCAAAUCCACCAGACACAAACGGCAUAAGAAGGAGAGGAGCCUGAAGAAGCGCCGAGGAUCCGACACCAAGGAGGACGGAGGAGACAAACCCCGACGCAACGUCAGCUGGCAGGACAAGAAUCCGGUGGUUGUUCCCGUGGAGUCGGAGGAGGACGGAGCUGAUCAUUCAGACCCUGAGAAGGAGGAAGACGUUGGGAUCACCUUUGUCGCUCGCAAGCCAGAGACACCAAAACAACGACCAAAAUCAGUCCCUGCAGCUCUGGACGGCUGUGAGAGUCCAUCAGUGGCCCCCCCCUCGCCCCCCACUGGAGACAGCCACCUGCCGUGGAAGGGCAGCGUGGGCUCGCCCCCCCCCUGCGUGUCCGUGGAGGCCACAAAGAUCAUCCCUGUGGACCUGCAGCAGGCCUGGAACCAGAGCAUUUCCUCCCUGGAGAGCAUCUCGUCCCCGCCCGCCCCCGCUGAGCCCGUCCACCCGCGAGUGAGCGCCCUCUCCAGACUGGGAGGCCCCCGCCCCGCCUCCUACACCCCGCCGGGCAGCACCACCUCCAUCGGGGCCCAGGCGGUGUCGCAGACCUUCUUCUGCCUCCCGGAGAAGAAGAAGGAUGAGGAGGAGGAGGAGGAGGAGGAGGAGGAGGAGGAGAUGCUGCAGGAGAUGCAGCCGCUCAUGUCGUCUCUGAGGCCCCCCGGCUACCUGCCGCCACCCCCGCCACCGUCCGGCUCCGCCCCCGGCUCGGGGAGGAGGAGGAACCCCUGUGUCUACCUGAGGAGCCUGGUGACGGCGCCGCCUCCUGGCAGCGAGCCGCACAGCCGAGGCCCCACACAGCUGUGAGAGAAACAUCCAGCGCCUGCAGAGCGGAGCAACACACACACACACACACACACACACACACACACACACACACACACUGAGCAGAAGUUAGAAAUGAGGUGAAUUCUGAUAAGAAGCUUAAAUAUAAAGAUGUUGUCGCUGUAGGAGCAGCUUAUGUUUAUGAAUUAUACUCUUUCAUAUGUAACACCUAAAACUUUACACAACACGUGUCAUACAAUCCUGCAGCCCAGAGAUUCAACGAAGAAGAAGAAUCAUUUCAUAUCAUAUAUAAUAUAAUAAGAUUGUUUGUGGCACGGUGAGUUGAGUAUCGCUGCUUCACUGUAAUGACCCUAACAGCAGGGUCAGAGGUCAGAGGUCACCUCCUGCUUCACCAGCCACCUCACACCACCAGCUCAGAUUUUCAGAAUAAAAGUACACGCAGCUGAUUUUAUACAUUUAUUGUUUUUUCUGUUGACGUGUUUUUAAUGACGUCACGCUCAUCUCGUCAGAAACGCUGAACGUUUUAAUAAUCUCAAUAAUCUUUGUUAUUGAUCCCAGAUCCUCCUCGCUCACAGAAACAACUCAACGCUGCUGCUCUUCUUUAAGUCUUAUCUGAUAACUGGGGGGUGAAACAUUUCACUCACACAGGGCUGUGAUCUCAGCAGGUAACCUGGUGAGCAGGAUAGAGUCCAGCGCUUCAACAAGCCUCACCUGUAAACAUGCGUCCACAUUCAUACUUCAUAUUUAUUCUGCUCGUGUCAAAUCUAAAAAUGUAUUUUGUAAAGCUGCAAAUAUAUAAAAUCUACAGAGUAGUCUAUUUUGAACCACCAAAGUGUAAAAAGGAGCUUAAAGAAUAUUUAUACAGUUUGUGUGUGUAACUGCCUUACUCUAUUGUGUGUGUGUGUGUGUGUGUGUGUGUUUCUGUUGCCAAAGACUGUGUUCGCCUUAAUGUCCGAGCUGCUUUCACACUUCAGUCUGACUACAGUCCCGAGUAAUACGAUAUUAUAGUUGAUGUAAAACAUUAUCACGUGUUGUUACAGCAGGACGUAACAUUCACAGAGACUCAGAUCAAAGUUAAUAUUCUCUGAUCAAUACGAUAAACAACAUUAUUUAUAAAGACAUCACUUUAUAAAUAAUGGAAAUAUUCUACAACAAACAUAAUGUCGAUUAUAAUCACGAAAACUUCCACAUGACUUGAACGCACCACAAGUCCUUCGCUGUGCACGAAGGGAUUUAUUUCGUGUUUCCUUUCAUCCUGCAGCACUGUGUUGUAACAACAGCUGCUGCUGGUACAGAGACCGCCCUUGUGAGGGGGACGCCGCCACAGAGACGUAAGCGUGUUGCUGUCAGCGAGGCUCUUUUAAUCUUCUUUAUCUGAACACAGUCUUUGCUUCUUCUGUGGUUGUCGUGUGGAAAAUCGAAUGAUAAUCUGUCAGAUAUGUGUCAGCUCCGACUUCUGCCCAGAGAACUAUAAGUCAAUAAAUGUGAGGUGUGUUUUGUGAA